UCGACGCUAACUUUUGAGGUCGUGCCGGAUGUCGCCGACCAUGCCAAAGACGUGAUGUUUGCACUUGUUUUCCAUACGCCUUUAACCACCUUCCGGUGAAAACUGUACUGGUCAUCAUGCCCAACGCUCGCGUACUCCGAGACAUCAAGGCCCGUAACAUCGUAAAGGCUAACGAAAUCCUUCGCAGGGCCUACCUAUAUGUCGCGCGGAAUGAGACCCUGUCCCCGCAAGUGCGACACCAAGCUCAGCUGCAGCUGAACACAUUCGGGAAGUACACGCGUCCGACGACGGUGAAAAACCGCUGCACAGAAUCUGGACGUGGUCGGGGGAUCAUCAGCGAGUUUGCACUUUGUCGAUACCAAUUCCGACUGAAGGCGCUCAAGCUGGAACUACCCGGCGUGCGCAAAGCUUCUUGGUAGAUGGAGGUUACGCAUGAAGGGAAGCAGUCGUUCCUCAGUGACUUCUUUUGCACACAUCCUUUUGUCUAGACGUAGCUCGCAGUAU